AUGACGUACCGGGCCGAGGGCGGCGCCAACAUCGUCAUCAGCCUGCCGCGCCAGGGCCGCGUGCUGCGCUUCCCUAAGACGGCCCACGCCGACCCGGUGGCGCGCCUGCGUCGCCUCGCCGAUUACCGCAACCAUGUGAUCGCGCCGCUGCUAGGCGAGGCGGACGGCACGCCGUGGCAGGUUGUGCGGCUGGCGGCCGACGAGCGGCGCCGGCUGGCUGCCGACAUCGAGGAGCGACAUGGACGACUGCGCCGUGUUUCCCGUCGCCGCCACCGCUGCCCGUCGCCGCCGCCGCACGUCUUCAGCGUUGAGAUCAAGGCCAAGCAGGGCUUCCUGGCCGCCGACGACGACCUGGGCGUGUGCAGCUUCUGCAUGAAGCAGUACCUGAAGCUGAAGCGCGGCACGGUGCAGCACGUGAGCGGCUACUGCCCGCUGGACCUGUUCUCUGGCCAGUUCGGCCGCGUCGACCGCGCGCUGCGUGCACUUCUCGACAGCCCGCAGAACAACCUGCGCGUGUUCAUGAACGGCCCGCUUCCUGCGGACGAGGAAUCGACCGACCCGGUGGUGGCCAUGCAGCGCUACAGCAUCGGCGCCACCAUGCGCGACGCGUCGCUGAUGAUCACGCUGCGACGCGCGGCGCCCGGCGAGGACGGUACCGGCUUCCGCGCUGUAACAGACCUGGCCGGCAACCGCUGGCUCUGCCUCUGCCGCCUGAUGGACCUCGAUCCGAAGCACAUCAACCGCGUCAGCCGGCAGCGCUUGAAGAAGGAGAAGUCACGCGAGCUGUACUUGCGCGCGCAGCUGCCGCGCGAGCCCAGCCACGGCGUGCCGAUCCCCUGCAGCGUCAGCGACGAGGGCAUCGACCAUCUGCUGGCGGUGUCCGGUUCGCCCGUCGCCGCUGACGCCGCAGGCAGCGUCAUGAUCGCCGUCAUCGUGCUGUCGCAGCGGUUCAGCAUCAACCCCGACAACGUGGCGACGCCGAUCGCCGCCAGCAUGGGCGACCUGGUGACCCUGGCGCUGCUCUCCUGGAUCGCCUCCCUCCUGCACAGAGCCAUCGAGCCGGACCCGUGGCUGGCGCCCACCAUUAUCGCCGUGUACCUGCUGCUGAUCCCGCUGUUCGCCUGGGUCUCUCACCGCAACCAGUACACGCGCGUCGUGCUGCUCGAGGGCUGGACGCCUGUCAUCGCAGCCAUGCUCAUCAGCAGCGCCGGCGGCCUGAUCCUGGACUUCGCCGUGUCGGCGUACGAGGGCGUGGCCGUGUUCCAGCCGGUGAUCAACGGCGUGGGCGGUAACCUGGUGGCCGUGCAGGCAAGCCGCAUCUCGACCGAGCUGCACCGCGCCGGCCGGCCCGGCCAGCGGCCGCGCGCCGAGCACGCGCCGCUCCACGUCUGCCUCACGCCCUGGGCCGCCUUCUGCCAGACAGGCGGACACUCGCGGACGGCACGCGUCCUGCUCAGCAUGGUGGUGCCUGGCCACCUGGUGUUCACCUACAGCAUCAGCUACUUCCGGGCGGGCCACACGUCCCUGACGCCGCUCUUCCUGGUGGUGUACAACUGCGCCGCCGUGCUCCAGGUGGUUGUCCUGCUGUACGUGGCGCACUGCAUGAUCCACUGGAUGUGGAAGAACGGGGUGGACCCGGACAACUCGGCCAUACCGUAUCUCACAGCGCUGGGUGACCUGAUCGGCACCGGCCUGCUGGCGCUGGCCUUCCAGUUCCUCUUCAUCAUCGGCGACCGCGACUCGGACCUGGGCGACUGAGGCGGCGGCGCCGGGGUCCGGUCUGCCUGCCCGCCGACGCGCGCGGCCUGACGCGGCCAGCCGCACGAGCGGUGCGGUUCUUCCACUGGCGGUGGCAGGCACGCCCGCGGUGAUGAGAGCCUACUCACGAGAGAUUCACGACGGAACUUUCGCGUCGAGCGUGGCGGCAGGGUCCGCGAUCUUACGGAGAGUGCGACGCGGCUCACUAUUACUGCACCGCGUCCGUCUCUGUCUACGUGGCAUUUUGGCAUGUAGUCUGAAGUCUGCGGAUGGCCUGAUGUGGGACUGUCCU